GAGCACUGCCUUAGCCUGAACUCCCAGCCUGAGAGUGACCAUGUCACAGUGGCAGACUGAGGGCCAGAGCUGGACCUAGUGACCUAGCUGGAUCCCUGGGAGUUCCACUCUUUGCUCUAAUAUAUGGAGCUCUGGAAUGUCAGAGCUUAACCUCUGCUGUCAUUGAAGCCAAGCUCCUCACUCUGUAGCUAAGGAAUCCAAGGCCAGAGGGUGGGACUGGCCCAAGGUGACCAGCCAGUCAGAGGCUCAAGUGGCCACAUCCCAGCCCUCUGGUGACUUCCUACCACAGAGGGCUCCCAGUAAGACCCCGUUUCUCCUCACUCCUGCCUCCUGGCUCCUCACCCUCUGGCCCCUGUAUUUACCUCAUACCUUUCUUUCUGUCACCUCCCUUGAACCUUUCCUCCCUGCCCCACUUCUACUCCUGCCCUAGGCGCUGGAAUCCCGAGCCCAGCCGGCUCCCUCCCUGCGUUCUCCCGCCCCGCCCUCUCCAUCCAGCUCCCCUCUCUUCUCCAUCACUUCCUCUUCCCCUCCUCCUCUUCUUUGUCCCUCCCUCCCUGGCUCCCUUCCCCCGCCGCCAGUGGCCAGCCCGCCCCUCCUCGGGCAUUGGUGGCCGCUCGUAGCCUCGCUUCUAGCUGCUCAGAGCUUGGAGCCGGCGGCGCGGGAGGUCGGCCCGCCCCCUCAAAGGCCCGGGGCGGGCCGGGGACCUGGAAGGCCCGAGCUGGCGGGGGCGAGCGGUCCGGAGGUCCGGGUUCGGCGGCUGCAUGUUGUGCCUGGGUCAGUCCACCUUCCUCCGCUUUAACCACCCGGCUGAAGCCAAGUGGAUGAAGAGCAUGAUUCCGGCAGGGGGCCGGGCCCCCGGGCCCCCCUACAGUCCUGGCCCAGCAGAAUCAGAAAGCUUGGUGAAUGGGAACCACACCCCACAGCCUGCAACCCGGGGACCCUCGGCCUGUGCCAGCCACAGUUCCCUGGUGAGCUCUAUUGAGAAGGACCUGCAGGAAAUCAUGGACUCACUGGUGCUAGAGGAUCCUGGAGCUGCUGGCAAGAAGCCUGCUGCAACUUCCCCACUGUCGCCGAUGGCUAAUGGUGGGCGCUACCUGCUGUCCCCACCAGUCAGCCCUGGUGCCAUGUCUGUGGGCUCCAGUUAUGAGAACACCUCUCCAGCUUUCUCUCCACUCUCCUCACCAGCCAGCAGUGGAAGCUGUGCCAGCCACUCACCCAGUGGGCAGGAGCCAGCACCUUCCUUGCCCCCACUGGUGCCUGCCCGUUCUUCUAGCUACCAUCUGGCCCUGCAGCCCCCACAGUCCCGACCGAGUGGUGCCCGCUCCUCUGAGAGCCCCCGGCUAGGCAGGAAGGGGGGUCAUGAGAGGCCUCCAAGCCCUGGCCUCCGGGGUCUGCUGACAGACAGCCCUGCAGCCACUGUCUUGGCGGAGGCUCGCAGAGCCACUGAGAGCCCCCGGCUGGGUGGGCAGCUGCCCGUAGUGGCUAUUAGCCUGAGUGAAUACCCAGCUUCUGGUGCCCGCACCCAACACACCAGCAUUCCUGGCAGCCCCAAGUUCCAGCCUCCAGUUCCUGCUCCCCGAAACAAGAUUGGUACACUCCAAGACCGCCCUCCCAGCCCUUUCCGUGAGCCACCAGGCACUGAGCGGGCAUUGACAACCAGCCCCUCACGCCAACUGGUAGGCCGAACAUUUUCAGAUGGGUCAGCCACUCGCACCCUGCAGCCUCCUGAGAGUCCGCGCCUGGGUCGGCGGGGCCUGGACAGUAUGCGAGAACUCCCUCCCUUGAGCCCAUCCCUGUCCCGACGGGCUCUCUCCCCCAUCCCCGCCCGGACCACCCCAGAUCCUAAACUAACCAGGGAAGUGGCAGAGAGUCCUCGGCCUCGGCGCUGGGCAGCCCAUGCGGCUUCACCAGAGGACUUCUCGCUAACGCUGGGGGCACGGAGCCGUAGGACACGAAGCCCCUCGCCCACACUUGGGGAGUCCCUGGCACCCCGCAAGGGCAGCUUCAGUGGCAGGCUGAGCCCGGCCUACAGUCUGGGCUCUUUGACUGGGGCUUCGCCCCGCCAGAGCCCACGUAGCCAGAGGAAGCUCUCCAGUGGGGACUUACGAGUUCCUGUCACUCGAGAGCGGAAAAAUAGUAUCACGGAGAUCAGCGACAAUGAGGAUGACCUCCUGGAGUACCACCGGCGGCAGCGCCAAGAGCGGCUUCGGGAGCAGGAGAUGGAGAGGCUGGAACGCCAGCGCCUGGAGACCAUCCUGAACCUGUGUGCUGAAUACAGCCGGGCUGACGGGGGACCUGAGGCCGGGGAGCUGCCCAGCAUUGGGGAGGCCACUGCAGCAUUGGCACUGGCAGGCCGGAGGCCCUCACGAGGCCUUGCAGGGGCCAUUGGGGCCUCUGGGCGGAGCAACGAGGAGCCUGGAAGUGCCACGCAACGCCUGUGGGAGAGUGUGGAACGCUCAGAUGAGGAAAAUCUCAAGGAGGAGUGCAGCAGCACUGAGAGCACCCAGCAGGAGCAUGAAGAUGCACCUAGCACCAAGCUCCAGGGAGAGGUGCUGGCCCUGGAAGAGGAGCGGGCUCAGGUGCUGGGGCGAGUGGAGCAGCUCAAGGUCCGUGUAAAGGAGCUGGAGCAGCAGCUGCAGGAGUCAGCCCGAGAGGCUGAAAUGGAGCGGGCGCUGCUGCAGGGUGAGAGGGAGGCAGAGCGGGCACUGCUGCAGAAGGAGCAGAAGGCGGUGGACCAGCUGCAGGAGAAGCUGGUGACCUUGGAGACAGGCAUCCAAAAGGAGAGGGACAAGGAGAGGGCGGAGCUGGCCGCGGGACGGAGGCACCUGGAGGCCCGCCAGGCGCUCUACGCCGAGCUCCAGACGCAGCUCGAUAACUGCCCCGAGUCAGUGCGGGAACAGUUACAGGAGCAGCUGAGAAGGGAGGCAGAGGCCCUGGAGACUGAGACAAAGCUCUUCGAGGACUUGGAGUUCCAGCAGCUGGAGCGGGAAAGCCGCGUGGAGGAAGAGCGUGAGCUGGCAGGCCAGGGGCUGCUCCGGAGCAAGGCUGAGCUGCUUCGCAGCAUCACAAAGAGGAAGGAGCGCCUGGCAGUCCUGGACAGUCAGGCCGGGCAGAUCCGGGCCCAAGCUGUGCAAGAGUCGGAGCGCCUGGCCCGGGACAAGAAUGCCUCCCUGCAGCUGCUGCAGAAGGAGAAGGAGAAACUGACUAUGUUGGAAAGAAGAUACCACUCACUCACGGGGGGCAGGCCUUUCCCAAAGACCUCAUCGACCCUCAAAGAGGCUGAACUGCUCAUCUCCGAGUCCUCAGAGGUGGGGCUGGGGACUGUGGCUCUGGGCGCGUUCCCAGGGUCUUCUCAGGCUGGAGCCUCCUCUGUCCCCUUAACCCCACCUGCUUCCACUCAGCUCUGCCCCAAAGCACAAGAGUACGUGACGCUUGAGCAGCUAAAGGCGAUGUGGGGCACCUUGCCCAUGCCCACAGCCCCUGCGCCAGGCCUGCCUCUCUGGGCCUCUGCCUCCUGGGACCUGGUUCCCACCACCUGCCUUCCUCCCGUGCUGCCCUCUUCCUCCUCCUUCGCUUCUAUCACGCCUUCACCCAAGAUGGAGAAGCUGCUGCUCCCUGCUGUAGACUUAGAGCAGUGGUACCAGGAGCUGAUGGCCGGGCUGGGGACUGGCCCCACUGCAGCCUCCCCUCGCUCUUCCCCCCCGCCUCUGCCUGCCAAAGCUUCCCGUCAGCUGCAGGUUUACCGCUCCAAGACGGAUGGUGAGGCCACCAGCCCCCUGCCCCGGACCCGCAGUGGCCCCCUCCCCUCUUCCUCUGGUUCUUCCUCCUCCUCCUCCCAGCUCAGCGUGGCUACCUUGGGCCGUAGCCCCUCCCCAAAGAGUGCUCAACUCUCCCAGAAUGGCACAGGCAGCCUUCCUCGCAACCUGGCAGCCACGCUGCAGGACAUUGAGACCAAGCGCCAACUGGCCCUGCAGCAGAAGGUCGAGUUGCUUCCUGCCGAGCCCUUCCCAACCGACGACCCAGCAGGGCAGCAAGUGAUUGAGGAGCAGCGGCGGCGACUGGCUGAGCUGAAGCAGAAAGCAGCAGCCGAGGCACAGUGCCAGUGGGAUGCCCUGCACGGGGCGGCCCCCUUCCCAGCGGGCCCCUCGGGCUUCCCCCCACUCAUGCACCACUCUAUCCUGCACCACCUGCCAGCCGGGCGGGAACGUGGGGAGGAGGGUGAGCACGCCUAUGACACACUGAGCCUGGAGAGUUCCGACAGCAUGGAGACCAGCAUCUCCACAGGGGGCAACUCGGCCUGCUCCCCUGACAACGUGUCCAGUGCAAGCGGCCUGGACAUGGGUAAGAUUGAGGAGAUGGAGAAGAUGCUGAAAGAAGCUCAUGCGGAGAAAAGCCGACUCAUUGAGUCUAGGGAGCGGGAGAUAGAGCUGCGGCGGCAGGCCCUGGAGGAGGAGCGGAGGAGGCGGGAGCAGGUGGAACGGAGGCUGCAGAGUGAGAGUGCCAAGAGGCAGCAGCUGGUGGAGAAGGAGGUCAAGAUGCGGGAGAAACAGUUUUCCCAGGCCCGACCCCUGACCCGCUACCUGCCAAUCCGGAAGGAGGACUUUGACCUGAAGACCCACAUUGAGUCGUCAGGCCAUGGUGUUGAUACCUGCCUGCAUGUGGUGCUCAGCAGCAAGGUCUGCCGUGGCUACUUGGUCAAGAUGGGCGGCAAGAUUAAAUCAUGGAAGAAGCGCUGGUUUGUCUUUGACCGGCUGAAGCGCACCCUUUCCUAUUAUGUGGACAAGCAUGAGACGAAGCUGAAGGGGGUCAUCUAUUUCCAGGCCAUCGAGGAAGUAUACUAUGACCACCUGCGCAGUGCGGCCAAGAAGAGGUUUUUCAGCUUCACUAUGGUGUCUGAGAGCCCAAACCCAGCCCUCACCUUCUGUGUGAAAACCCAUGACCGGCUGUACUACAUGGUGGCCCCAUCAGCAGAGGCCAUGCGCAUCUGGAUGGAUGUCAUUGUCACCGGGGCUGAGGGCUACACUCAGUUCAUGAACUGACUGGUGUGGGCCUCCUGGACCCUCAGGCUGGCCCCAGGACCCAUGCCUGACCACUUGCUGCUCCUCACCCCUGGAGACAGAGUUGCACCCUGGGCCCCAGGCCUCAAAGAAGUGCUCCUAGAGGCCCUAGGGGGAUAGAGCAUGACUGGGGCUUUUGUACAAGAAGAUUUUUGUAAUGUUCUAUAAGGAGCUCAUCCUGUGAGUUUCUGAGCUCGGGCCCCCUAAAGAAUCAGCCAGGAGAUAAAAGGUGGGGAGGGGGCUUUGCUGCCUCCUAGGAGUCCAGAACUUGAAAUAACCCUUCAGGCUCCUGCCCUGGCCCCAGCCAGGGCUGAGGAGCUGUCAUAGAGGGGUUCUCUCAGCUCUGACCUGGCACUUGUGCUCUCAAGCCCCUGUUCUCUUUUGUAAAGGACAAAUUAUGGUACCAGAAUCUGCCAAAGAUCCCCUCUUGCUUCAGCCUCCUUUACAGGGGCCUUGGGGGCUGAGCAGAGCCACAUCCAGAGUGGGGUAACAGCUCAGGCAGUAUACUUCUCAAACCCUGCUCUACCCCGUUGUUCUCCCGCAUUUAUACUUUUUAUUACUUUCCUCAAGGGCCAGAGACCUCGAGUGUCAUCCUUGAGGUCCCAGCCCCAUUUCCUUUUUGCAGACCCAUCACCAUGGUCACCAUAGUGACUGUUUCAUCGCCAUGGUUACAUACUAAUUGCCCUGGCUCCAUGGCUCAGCCCACUGCUUCAGUUGUGGGCCCAUCUGAGGGUACGUGCCAUCAUCUCUCCAGCCCAGGCCCUUGGCAUCUCGUGAUGGGGGGAAGGGACUGGACACCUUCUCCCUGCCCCCUGCCUGUGUCUCCAGGCCCUGAUGCACAGCCUACUGGGCCCCUAGUCCAGCCCUCUCCCUUCCACUCGUGCCUUGCUUAGAGCCAGAAGGGACGAAGCCAGGGGAUCUAGAGACCAGAGGAGGAGGUUUGGGAAUGGGAGAGGAAACUAAAAGGGCCUGUACAGGGCUGAGUUUCUGACAGGGACAGAGAGCUGCUCAGAUGCUCCCUGAGGGAAGGCCUGAGCAGGAGAGGAAGCAGCAGAUGGGGAGGACCCUGAGGUCUGGCUGCCUUCCCUUUUGCCUUGGAAGGAUAAUGAAAAUGAAGAGCAGAGGACCAGGCUUCCAGCUGUGUGGCCUCGGCCCUUUCCGCCUUAACACUAAGCCCACCUUCCUGCCCCCCUUCCCAGCACUGGGCCAUGGUUGCUGGGCCCGGCUGGGUGAUUUUCAGUAUUUGUAAGUGUCUCAGCAAAACAAUAAAGCAUUUGGAGUAUG